UAAUCGAUAUGAUGCGAUGUUAUAGCCGGAAGGAUGAAUGUUUCAGAAAGCGGUCGGACCGAAACGUACCCAACAAUGCAAUAUCGUAUCCGGAGUUGUAACAUGUCGUAUCUGGAGAUGUUAUGUCGUAUACGGAGAUACAACACGUUGUGUCCAGAGAUGUAAUGUCAUUUCCGAAUAUGUAAUACGUUGUAUCCGGAGAUGCAACAUCGUAUCCGAUGAUGCAAUAUCAUGUCCGGGUGCAACAUCUUGUGUCCGGGGACCUAAUGUGUUAGGUUAAUGUGUAAUAUCGUAUCCGGGGACGCAACAUGUUGCUCUGGAGGUGCGAUAUCGUAUCCGGGAGAAGCAAUGUUGAAGCCAUUGCAUUAAAAUUCAUCUGUAAUUUGGCGCGAAAAUGAUAUGACAACCACGUUUUUGUAUUAUAAAAGCAAGAUGGCGGAGAAAGAUCUUGUAGAAAAGACAACUGCGAUACUUAAGAAUGCGAUAAAAGAACUGGAAGAUUCCAUGAAUGGAAAUUCAAGAUCUAAUGAGCCAUCGACAUCGAUAUCUUCAGCGUCAUCGAUAGCUUCAACGCCGCAACUAGCUGCGCAAAACUUUAGAAGAGUAUUUCCUGGGCUCUGUAGCAGAAAUGUUGCAAAGACUCCUGUUCAUCCUUCAGCACAUCGGCCAGGAUUAAGCACAUAUACUGCGCCAAGAAUUGAACCAAAACCCAAAAGACCCAGGCUUCAGGGGUAUACACCCGUAAGCUUUACUCCAUUGGAAACAUGGACACAUGACGUGUGUAUGCUUGCAAGAUGUGAUGAGAAUACAACACCUGACAGAGAAAGAAUGGAAGUCCUGAUGAGAGCUGGCCUAGGGAAAAUGAAGUUAGUUUUCCCGAACAAGAAAGCCACCCACUCUGAAGUUUGUAGUUUCCUUAAUGAAAAAUUCCCAAGGUUGAAAGAUGGUGGUGGAUUCGAGGUGUUAAGGGCUGUUGGUGGUGGUGGUGGAUCCAGAGCUCUCCAUUUAAUCCCACCUGGGAAGGAUGGGUAUUCUUUGCCAUAUAUAAAAGAGCGGUUCUCUCAAGCGGCAGUAUAUAUGAGGCCAUUACAAGCUGACCUAGAUGAAUCGCCAUUGUUACAUCACGAUACCAGAAGUGGCCACCCAACUGUAAAUUGUGUUUUUUGUAACAAAUCCUUGGACUUUUCUGAAAUUAAGAUACAUAGGCAGGAAUGCCAGCAAAGAAAUACUGAAGGGCAGUCUUCACUUGGAUGCACACCAUCAUCAAGUUCUGAACCUGGGCAUUCUGUUUUAGAGCAAAUAGAGUCUGAUAGACAGUUUGCUGAACUACUAGCUGAAGAUGAUGGAGAUGAAUUGGAAUUGAUAAAGUGCUGUGGAAUCUCUGACCAAACAGAAGAAUUGAAAUGCUCAUCACUACACGAGGCUCUCAAUAAACUUUCAUUGAAGACUCGACCUGAAACAGAAAAGAACAUUGAGUUUUUUGUUCAGAGAAGAUGCGUUUUGAAAAAUGCCUUUGAAGAUGUCAAAACAUGCAAGAUGAUAACUAGUAAAGUUUCAGUCGAGUUCGUCGGAGAGCCAGCGGUUGACACGGGGGGCCCACGAAAGAAAUGUUCUCGAUUGCUUUUCGCCAAUCUAUUGAUUGCAAGCUCACCAGAGGUGCUUUCCCGUAUAUCACCUUUCUACAUGAUCAGAAUGCACUAGCUAGCGGCUAUUACAAAGCAUUCGGGCAAUUGGUAGCCCUUUCACUUUUGAAUGGAGCUGGCGGCCCACAUCUUUUUUCUUCAUGCUUGGCAAAUUUUAUUCUUGGCAUAGAAAAAAAGUGUAUUGCGGAAGAAGUUAUCAAGGAGAUUCCUGGUGAUCAAGCUGAAAUAGUUACGAAACUACAGAGCCUAAAUGGAUGCACAAACCCAGAUGAUUGGACGAAGGCCUUGUUGAAUUUUGACGAACGCUUUGACAUGGGGAUAAACAGCGCAAAAAUCUUAUUCGGGGAAAAAGAGGAGCUAAUACAAGCUGUUGCUAAACACAUCAUGAUUAGCUCGGCAUUGGAAGAAAUUCAUAGCUUUCAAGAAGGCUUGUCGACAUUUGGUGUCUUAAGUGUC